AUGUAAAUAAAACGAAGUUCAAUUGAAUAAGGUGCCUUAGAUUAAUUUUUAGAAGGGAAUAUGUCUCCUAUAGCUAGUUAGUUAGAUUUAGAAUAGGAUACUUAAUCAUUUCUUAGUAAGGAUGAUAAGAAGAAUAAUUUCAAACCUUUUUAAAAUGAGAGAAACUCAAUAGGUAAAUUAAUACAAAGAGCAAAAAGUAAUGAAACUACAUCAAGAUUCAAUUUUUUAAAAAGUUAAUAAGUAGUUUUGCAUUAAAAAGGAAAAGAGACAGUACAAUAAAUAAAUCAUGCUUAUAAAUGGAGCACUACUCAUUUAUUAGGUUUAAAAAAAAGAGAUAUAACACCAAAAGAUUAAGCAGUCUCUUUAAGAUAGAGGCUAAGAAAUUUUAAAAUAAAUUUGUAAGCUGAUUAAGGUUUCAUAAAACAAUUUAGAGAAUAUAAAAAAUAAUAUGUUCCAAAAACUUAAUUAAGCAGAGCCUUCUUAACUCCAAGACGAGAACAUUUUUAUAGAGAUGUAUAUAAUAUAAAUAUUUAAAUAUGAUAGACUAGAACACCUGGACCAGGAGUAUAUUCAGAUUAAUUAUUAAUUACUGAACCAGGUCAAUCAAUUGAAUUUAAUAAAAGUCCAUAAAUGACAAAGCCACCAUCUCCUAUUUGUUACAGGGACUUUUAUGAUUUUUAAUUUCUUAAAAGGAAUGAUAAUACACCUGAUUUCUAGAGAACCAUCAGUAGAGAUAAGGCUUAUUAAAGAAGUAUUUUUGCUUAAAUUGAAAUCUAAAAGAAAGAGAACAUGGUAUUUGAAAUAGCUUUAUAGUGAAGAAACUUCAAAAAGACGAACCUUAUGAUGAAUAAAAAAUAGACAGAGAGAUUGAGUACUUAUUAUAUCAAUAAUAAAAAUAUGGGAAAUUAAGUAUAUUUAAUUCAUAUAUGAUUUUAGAUUAUUAAAGGGUAAUUGAUAGCAAUAACGAAAUAAAAAAGUUAGUACAACCUGAUGCUCUUGAUAAUAAUUGGAGUAAAAUGCUGUAAUCUACAAUAUUUUAUAUAUAGAGAGAGAUAUGGUUUUAAGAAAUUAAAAGGAGGAAAAAUUAAAAAGUAAAGAAUUCAUACAGCUACAAAUGGGUGA